AUGGAUGGUUUCACAAACCUUCUGCAUAGUCAAAUACCUAUAGACCUUGAAUCACCCGAACCUUAUUGGUUCGGGUCUGAAGUUCCUGCUGAGUCUCCUAGCCAAGUCCCUGCUGAGUCUCCUAGCCAAAGAGUUGGGGCUUUCUGGAAGCGUAUUGUAGAGUACUACAACGCAAGCCCUCUGCUCGUUGGUCAAACAGCGCGAGAGAUUACUUCUUGCAAACAGAGGUGGAGUAGGAUCAACGGGGAAGUAUGCAAGUUUACUGGAUGCUAUGAUGCAGCUUUGAGGGCGCAGAAAAGUGGGGAAAAUGAUGAUGAUCUGAUGAAAGCUGCAUUAGAUAUAUUCUUCACCAAGUAUGGUUACAAGUUCACACUUGAUCACUGCUGGAGGGAGCUGAGGCAUGACCAGAAAUGGGCCUCGAUUUAUGUGGCUAAGGAAGGUGGAAAGGAAAAGCGGAGGUCCGUCUUGGAGGUUGAUACAGAAGAAGCGGACGUGGGAGAUCCAGAGGAGAGACCAAUCGGGGUAAAGGCUGCGAAAGGUGGCAGUAAGAAGAAGAAGAAGAGUGGUAAAGAAGAAGAGUUGUCCAAGCUUCAAAACGUGUUAGGUGAAGUAGUCACGGGCGUCUAA